AUGUCUCUCGUCUGGUGGCUAAUUAAAUCAUUAAUAACUUCAAUUGAUUUAAUAGAAUUACUUUAUACAUUAGUUCUACUGAUCCCGUUACUGUUGUACUACAAUUCUUGCGAUUUAAAAGUGGGUGAUGUUCGAUCAUUAUCCUACUGUGGCCGUGAUGUUGUUUUAUAUCGCGGUAAAAAUGGUCAACCCUACUUAUUGAGUGCAUAUUGUGCUCAUAUGGGAGCAAAUUUGGGUAUUGGUGGACGUGUCCAAUAUGAUACAUGUAUCGAAUGUCCGUUUCAUGGAUGGACAUUCGAUGGUGAGACGGGCCAUUGUGUUCUGUCGAAAGAAGGUACAAAAAGAGUAGCUGAUCAAUAUUCAUACAUUGAUAUUCAAACAUGUCGAUCACAUCCUGAUACACCAGGAAAAUAUUUGGAAAAAGUAUUAGAUCAAAAUGAAAUAAAGAUCAAAAAGUAUGUGUGUAAGGAAGUAAAUGGAUCCAUUGUGGCAUGGUAUCAUUCAAAUGAUGAUUUGAGAGAAAAACCAUUGUAUGAUCCAUUUAUAUUAGAAAGUGAACUUAAAAAAGAAAAUAUGGAAGGUGCUGAUAUUCGCCAUUUUGAUUAUUUGCAUGCAUCCAUCUUAGACUAUAUUCCAUUCGUUAAAUUUCGUUGGUCAAUGAUUACACAAUGUGCUACUGAUUCAAAUUUGCGUGAAACGAUGCAACACAAACAUCCUCAAGUACAAAAAUAUAAAUUCCAUUUACUUGAUAAAUACAUAACAGAUAAAAAUCGUCCAUACAUUAAUGUGAUAUCACUCGAUUGCUAUCUAAGAUUUUUUGGUAAACAUGAAAUAUUUUUAUUUAAUGCUACGGGCUUUCAAUUAGGUCCAUCACUCGUCUAUUUAUUUCUUUUGUCACCCUAUUUUCGUGCCACUUUCUUCCAAACCGUAACACCCAUAGAAAAAUUUAAUCAACGUGUAAUGCAUCGAAUUUAUACAAAUCACACUCUACCCUAUUGGUUAUCAGCAUUGGCUCUUAUGGGUGAAGUAAAACAAUUGUUUUCAGAUAUGAAUAUUUGGAAUAAUAAAAUAUUUGGAGCUAAACUCAAUUAUAAUAUGAAAAUGGAAGCGGAUAAAUAUUUACAAUCAUGGAGAAAUUGGUAUGCACAGUUUUACGAAGGAUGUCAUGAGUAUGAAAAGAAUGUUGAAAGUUUAUCGUGGUAG